GCACGCAUGCGCAGUCGCUCCCUUUCCCGUCCUAAUAACAACAAUCAUUAAAAACGAACAGCAACCCCCGAAGAUUGCUGCUUCAUCGGGCCUUUAUUUUCAUCAAACCAAGCCAAUCAUGACAGAAUUACGACACCGAGCAGGGACGGAAACGGAGCUGCAGCAUCAAAACUCGGAGGAUAAGGGCUCUGAGACGGAGGGCAAGGAGAAAGAUGGAGCCUCGGAUAAUGAGACUAAGUCAGACUCUGGGGUUCCUGAGGUUCCCGUUCCUGCCGAUGACACACCAGAGGUUCUCAACAAAGCCCUCUCGGGCCUUUCCUCACGAUGGAAGAACUGGUGGGUGAGGGGCAUCCUCACUCUGGCUAUGAUCUCUUUUUUCUUUAUCAUUAUUUAUCUUGGUCCGAUGGUGCUGAUGAUGAUUGUGCUGUGCGUUCAGAUCAAGUGCUUCCAUGAGAUCAUCACAAUUGGUUACAGCGUGUAUCACUCUUACCACCUGCCAUGGUUCAGAACACUAAGCUGGUACUUCCUGUUGUGUGUAAACUACUUCUUCUAUGGUGAAACAGUGACUGAUUAUUUCUUCACACUGGUGCAAAGGGAGGAGCCUCUACGCAUCCUCAGCAAAUACCACCGCUUCAUUUCCUUUGCCUUGUACCUCACAGGGUUCUGCAUGUUUGUUCUGAGCCUGGUGAAAAAACACUAUCGCCUGCAAUUCUACAUGUUCGGCUGGACUCAUGUGACCCUGCUGAUUGUGGUGACUCAGUCCCACUUAAUCAUUCAUAACCUGUUUGAGGGGAUGAUCUGGUUUAUUGUGCCCAUUUCCUGUGUUAUCUGUAAUGACAUCAUGGCUUACAUGUUUGGUUUCUUUUUUGGUCGAACCCCUCUCAUCAAGUUGUCUCCUAAGAAGACAUGGGAGGGGUUUAUUGGUGGCUUCUUCGCCACCAUUGUUUUUGGCAUCCUACUGUCCUAUGUGAUGUCAGGUUACCGUUACUUUGUGUGUCCUGUGGAGUUUAACAACGACUCCAACCGUUUCACAGUGGACUGUGAGCCGUCUGAUCUCUUCCAGCUUCAGGACUAUGGCCUGCCAGCAGUUCUGCAGUCCAUCACGGGCUGGACCACAGUAAAGUUGUACCCAUUCCAGAUCCACAGCAUUGCCCUGUCUGCCUUUGCCUCCAUCAUGGGACCUUUUGGAGGCUUUUUUGCCAGCGGCUUCAAAAGGGCCUUUAAAAUUAAGGACUUUGCGAACACCAUUCCAGGACAUGGAGGAAUCAUGGACCGUUUUGACUGUCAGUACCUUAUGGCCACAUUUGUAAAUGUUUACAUCGCCAGCUUUAUCAGAGGCCCAAACCCCUCUAAAGUCAUCCAGCAGCUUCUUGCUUUGAGACCAGACCAACAGCUCCACAUCUUUAACUCGCUCAAGGCUCAUCUGACAGAGAAAGGCCUGCUCCCUGCCCUGGAAGAAGCAGCCUAGCUUUUCAGACCAUCCCAGGGACAUCCCAACAGAGAAUGCAACGGAAGCAGAUUCAGGAAUGUAUGGAAGUGGGAGAUGAGAUGAAGAACAUAAGAAGGGAAACAACGGAAAGCUGAACCACAACCUAGGGUCAUUCCAUUUUCAGUGUGUGUGUGUGUGUGAGUGAGUGAGUGAGUGUGUGUGUACCUCUGUGUUUUUGCUUAUUUAAUUUUUUUGUGAAUGUUUGUUUUAUGUUUAUCUCUUACACCAUAAAAAAAUAUUCUAUAUAUUAUAUUAAGAUAACAUUGACGUUGUUGUUACAGUUCUUUGUGAGUUGAGCUGUACAAUUCCACUCGUGUGCAAAUAUUCUGUACCUAUUAAUUGCCUGGAUAUUUUAUAGUGUUUCUUAUGUUUCAUUUUGUUUUAAUGCACUGCUCAUCACACUGUCAUUUCAACCUCAGGCUAGCCUUUGUUUAGUUUUUGCUAACCGGUGUUUCCAUACCCCAUCAUAGUUCAAAAUGACUAGGAGAUGACUGGUCUAUGUAUGCUGUAGCUCCUGGAGCUAAGGAGAAGAUUCAGAUGUCAUUAUUCAAUGUUUGAGAGGAAGUUAAGGCCUCAUCAGAUUAUAAUUAUUUGGCUUUAAUGUUUGUUACAAAGAAACAUGUAAGCCCAACAAAUAUGAAGUAUCUUUAAUUAUAUUGUUAGAGGUUAAUAAGAAUUCGCACUGAAAAAUACCAUUUAGAGACACUGACAAACAUUUUUCACACUGAAUGUUAAAUGUUUUAAGAAUUACUGUUUGUGGUCUAAAUCAUAGUUUUAUCAUUUCUAGUUUUAUUUGAAUGUUCUAUUGUCACGAAGCAGUUACAAGCUAAUCUUAGUCAAGCUACGGGUCUUGUUUUUGUGUGUGUUUGUGAACUCUUACAUACUAAAUGGUUCAUGAUCAGGCUGGGCCAUCUUCACUGCAUGAGACCACGUCCACCACGUCUCAUUUUAGAAUUCUAUUUCAUCUUUUGUUUUUACCAUCACCUGCUGUGUAAACUCUAACAAAAAAGGGUCAGAAAUAUUGUGUUUUUUGCGUGAGGUGUUUUUUUUCCCUCUUAUACGUGAUGUCAUUAACACACGUGCCAUAGACAUUAUUUAUUUCAACCUUAAUGGGUGCCAUCGAGCAGCUUCAAAAGAGUAGUGCACAGUAGUGUUAUACAGUAAGCUGUAGGAGGACGUAAUGGCUCAGGAUAGUCUGUACAUACAGUCCACUGCCAUUCAUCAAUAAAGAUCCAUGAGCACAUACUUUCAGACAUGUGUGUAUUGACAUGACUGAUAACCUAUUGAUGGGCGAGUCAUAUCUUGUUUUUCAGUUCAAAUUUAUUUUUCUUUUAAUGACCACAGGUCUUGAAAGAUACAUAGGUAGCUUAUUACCUGAGUUAUGUUCACUUUUGUUUUGCUUUUGUUCAUUAGCAUGAUUUAGAUGGACAGCUCAAGCCAAAUAGCUUAAGUAUGGCGCACAGAGCGGUGAUGUUACAAUAAUAAACACUGCGUCACGCUGCUGAAGAGUUAUGACCAUAAAUGUGUGUGCACAUUUUGAAGCCCCUCCAUAUUUUCUCCAUCCACCGUCAAUGCAUGUUUUGUAAUGUAUUAAUUUAUUUUUUUCAACUAGUAAACAAACACAUUAUCUUCAUCUGUUAAGUGGUGCUGAUUGUUUUUAAGUUAUUUCAUUCAUUAUGAUUUUGUGUUAAGUCAGUACAAUCUGCUUAUUUUAUAUAGAGAAUUACAUUAUAUUAGAAUAUAAGAUUAUAUAGUAAGCUAUAUGUUUGACGUAGAGAUUAUUCUAUUCUUAUUUUUUCCUCUAAGCCAGUCUGUGCUCUGUGUAUUUAUUAGGCCCCUGUGCUGAAGCAUUCCCGUACUGUACAAACUCCAGAUGUUAACAGAGCAAUUUCAAAGUUUUACAGUCAACAGAGAGUUACAGAGUCACUGAUGUCAGGAGGGUGAGCAGAGACAUAAUGCGUUUGAGUGUGGUGACCGUAAACAUUUAUAAAGAGACACAUUUGUCUUAAAUAAAGUCUUAAAUGCAUGCUAAAAUA